AUGGAAAGGGAGCAACGCAGAGAAAAAAAUAGUGAAGCCAAACGAUUCAAAAAACUAAUACAAGAAGAUGAGAAAACGGAAGAAACGAAAGGGCAAGGACAGAAGAAAAACGACAGUAAGGAAAAUAAUAGCAAUAGAAAAAUAGCAGUAAAGACUCUCUUAAGAACCGAAAAGAUGGAAGAAUUAGCAAAGGAAAUAGAAAAAUAUAACAUAGAUAUCACGACAAUACAAGAAACGAGAUGGGAAAAAGAGGGAGAAAUAAAAAAAGAAAAAUACAUAUUCCCAUUUACCGGAGAAGCAAAAAGGGGAAAUGGAGUGGGAUUCUGUGUAAGGAAGGAAAUUAGAAAUUGCAUUGUAGAUUUUGAACCAGUAAAUGGAAGAAUACCAACUCUGAGGCUGGAAUUGAAGAACAAAUAUGUUACAGUUAUCAAUAUAUAUGCACCAGCAGAGGUGGCACAAGAGAAGGAAAAAGAUGACUUCUAUGAAGAGCUAAGUCAAGUAGGAAAGAAAAUACCAAAGAAAAUUACCUACGAAAUGUGA